AUGGAAACUCUGCCCAGAACGGGAAAACAGACUGAUCCGAAUACAGCAUUUUUGAGGGCAGCUAGAGCUGGACAACUCGAUAAAAUACUAGAAUAUCUGGAUUCGGGCACUGUGCGAGAUAUAAAUACAUCAAAUGCUAAUGGUCUCAACGCCCUUCAUUUGGCAGCUAAAGAUGGUCACAUAGAAAUAGCUCGAGAGUUACUGAAAAGAGGUGCUAUACCAGAUGCAGCUACAAAAAAAGGAAAUACCUCAUUACAUAUUGCUUCUCUUGCCGGACAAGAGGAAGUGGUUCGUCUACUAGUCCAACAAGGUGCUUCUUUAAAUGUUCAAUCCCAAAAUGGUUUCACGCCCUUAUACAUGGCGGCGCAAGAAAAUCACGAUGGCUGUGUACGAUAUCUGUUAUCCAAAGGGGCCAACCAGGCACUGGCUACUGAGGACGGCUUUACUCCUCUGGCUGUAGCAAUGCAACAAGGCCACGAUAAAGUGGUCGCAGUUCUUUUAGAAAACGACACCCGGGGCAAGGUCCGAUUACCCGCCUUACACAUCGCUGCCAAAAAAGAUGACGUCAAAGCUGCCUCGCUCCUGCUCCAAAACGAACAUAAUCCCGAUGUUACUUCAAAAAGCGGGUUUACACCUUUACACAUUGCAGCUCAUUACGGGAAUGACAAAGUUGCUUCUCUUCUAUACGAAAAAGGUGCUGAUGUAAAUUAUACUGCGAAACACAACAUCACUCCACUUCAUGUGGCCAGUAAAUGGGGAAAAAUCAAUAUGGUAACCUUAUUGGUUGCGAAAGGUGCUGAUAUUCAAGCCAAAACAAGGGAUGGUUUAACGCCUCUACAUUGCGCGGCAAGAAGCGGACAUGACCAUGUUGUCGACGUGUUAUUGGAAAAUGGUGCUCCCAUGCAUGCUAAAACAAAGAAUGGUCUGGCGCCAUUGCAUAUGGCGGCCCAAGGCGAGCAUGUUGACGCGGCACGGAUUCUGCUGUACCACGGUGCUCCGGUGGACGAAGUGACCGUAGAUUAUUUGACAGCUCUUCAUGUGGCAGCUCAUUGCGGUCACGUUAGGGUCGCUAAACUAUUAUUGGAUAGAGGAGCGGACCCUAACGCUAGGGCGCUCAACGGUUUCACGCCGCUCCAUAUAGCUUGUAAGAAAAAUAGGAUCAAGGUUGUGGAAUUACUACUUAAGCACGGAGCAAGUAUUGGAGCAACAACUGAAAGUGGCUUGACUCCCCUUCAUGUAGCCAGUUUUAUGGGUUGCAUGAACAUUGUUAUUUAUUUAUUACAACACGAUGCUAGUCCCGACAUACCCACAGUUAGAGGUGAAACUCCUUUGCACUUAGCAGCCAGAGCCAAUCAGACCGAUAUUAUAAGAAUACUCCUUCGGAAUGGCGCAGCUGUCGACGCGAAAGCAAGAGAAGAACAGACUCCACUCCAUGUUGCCUCUAGAUUAGGAAAUGUUGAUAUUGUUAUGUUAUUACUCCAACACGGAGCCCAACCUCAUGCUACGACUAAAGAUCUAUACACCCCUCUUCAUAUUGCCGCCAAAGAAGGACAAGAAGAGGUCGCUUCAGUUCUACUCGACAACGGCGCCGACUUAACAGCUACGACCAAAAAAGGGUUCACGCCUCUACACUUGGCGUCCAAAUACGGCCACCUGAACGUCGCUAGGCUGCUACUUCAACGCGACGCGCCCGCCGACGCUCAAGGAAAAAACGGCGUGACGCCUUUGCACGUCGCGGCGCACUACGACCAUCAGCCCGUCGCCUUGUUACUUUUGGAUAAGGGGGCUUCCCCGCACGCCACCGCCAAGAAUGGACACACGCCGUUGCAUAUUGCGGCCAGGAAAAAUCAAAUGGACAUUGCCACCACUCUUCUAGAAUAUGGCGCUCAGGCAAAUGCGGAAUCUAAAGCCGGUUUCACACCUUUACAUCUCAGCUCUCAAGAAGGUCACUCUGAUAUGUGUUCUUUAUUGUUGGAGCAUCAAGCAAACCCCAACCACUCUGCUAAGAAUGGACUAACCCCUCUCCAUCUCUGCGCUCAAGAGGACAGAGUACCGGUAGGUCAACUUCUUUUGAGAGCCGGAGCUCAAAAGGACGCCCAAACCAAGCAGGGUUACACACCGCUACACGUCGCUUGUCAUCACGGUCACGUCAAUAUGGUUCGCCUGCUCAUCGAUCAAGGCGCUGACGUCAAUCCCACUACCCUUGCUGGUUAUACUCCUCUUCACCAAGCCGCUCAGCAGGGACACGUCUUGGUUAUUACGUUGCUGUUGAAAAAUAAGGCUGAUCCUAAUGCACUAACAAGUAAUGGACAAACUGCCUUGGGUAUAGCCAACAAACUGGGGUAUAUCAGCGUAGUGGAAGAACUGAAAGUGGUUACAGAGACGAACAUUACCACAACGACCAACAUCAAUAUUGAAGAAAAGUAUAAAGUUGUGGCUCCCGAAGCUAUGCAAGAAACUUUCAUGUCCGACUCAGAAGACGAAGGAGGCGGAGUGGACGAACAUCCAGUUGCUUAUGGCCGACCGACGCAUGCUCAGCACAUCUAUCUACCCUUCUACCAGGGACAUAUGACCUAUACACGUGAUGACCCCUUGUUAGACCAACAACAGUACAAAUACAUGACGGUCGAUGAUAUGAAGAGCUUCGGCGACGAUUCCAUGAGAAUGGACGUCACCAACGACGAAAAAAGUGAAUAUAAUCGAAAUUCUAUAGCACCAUCCCACUUAAGUAACGAUUUGAUUAUAACCCCUCAACAUGUAAGAGAAUAUUAUGCUACUAACACCUAUUCAGCACCAGAUAAUGUGGAUAUUAAUCGUCAACCAAUCACUGUUGGUGUUCCCAGUUGGAGAAAUUUCUUGGUGUCGUUCAUCGUCGACGCGAGAGGGGGAGCUAUGAGAGGAUGUCGCCAUUCAGGAGUAAGAGUUAUCGUACCUCCGAGAUGUGCUUCAAGUCCUACGAGAAUCACCUGUCGGUAUGUGAGACCACAAAGGACGCCCCAUCCUCCGCCGCUGAUGGAGGGCGAAGCCUUGGCGAGCAGAUUGUUGGAACUCGGGCCUGUUGGUGCUAAAUUUUUGGGGCCAGUUAUUAUAGAAGUUCCUCAUUUUGCUUCGCUGCGUGGAAAACAGCGGGAAAUAAUUGUUUUGAGAUCCGACAAUGGUGAAACUUGGAAAGAACAUACAUUGGAAGCGAGCGAAGAAGCAAUACAGGACGUGCUAAAUCAUAGUUUUGACGGAGAAGAGUUGAGCCAAAUUGAAGACUUACACACUAGUCGCAUAACUCGUAUUGUCACCAACGAUUUUCCACACUAUUUCGCAGUCAUAUCGCGUAUUAGACAAGAAGUACACGCCAUUGGUCCAGAUGGUGGUACCGUUUCCAGCAGUGCGGUACCAUUGGUUCAAGCGGUUUUCCCGCCGAAUGCACUUACUAAGAAGAUUAGAGUUGGCUUACAAGCGCAAGGCAUAGAACCCGAACUGGUAUCCAAACUACUCGGACACGGCGUUGCCGUAUCUCCAAUAGUAACUGUCGAACCUAGAAGACGUAAAUUCCACAAAGCCAUAACUCUGAGUAUGCCGGCGCCGAAGGCUCAUUCCCAAGGUAUGAUAAACCAGUACCAAGGAACCACGAAUACCACGCUACGAUUAUUGUGCUCUAUAACCGGUGGACAAAAUAAAGCGAUUUGGGAAGAUGUCACAGGAUCGACACCUCUGACAUUUGUCAAAGAUUGUGUGUCAUUUACGACAACUGUGUCUGCCAGGUUUUGGUUGAUGGACUGCAGAAAUGUAUCUGACGCUGCAAGGAUGGCCACAGAACUAUAUAAUCAGGCUAUGCAUGUUCCUUUCAUGGCAAAGUUCGUAGUAUUUGCGAAACGUGUAUCACCAUUAGAGGCUAGAAUAAGAGUCUUCUGUAUGACAGAUGACAAAGAAGAUAAGACUUUAGAACAUCAGGAACAUUUCACGGAAAUAGCCAAGAGCAGAGAUAUUGAGGUGUUGGAAGGUAAAGACGUUUUCAUGGAGUUUGGUGGUAAUAUCGUACCAGUUCUACAAUCUGGUGAUCAACCAAAAUUAGGUUUUAAAGCAUUCAGAGAAAAUCGUUUGGCUUUCACUAUACGACUAAGAGAUCAGGACGACGACGCAGCUGGACGUGUUAUUUUCAUGAGCGAUGCUAAAGUAGCAAGAGGAGAACCUAACCAAACGCCAUUGUGCACUCUUAACCUUGCUUUACCGAAAGAUGUCAUUACAAGCAGAGACUCUCAAUCAGAUCUACUAUCUUUAGAAAAAAAUAACAGUUAUCUUUUACACGGAGGCAUCAGUAAACCUGAUACCAUUCAUAGAGCAGAUUUUAGACUUUCCGAUAUUUGCAACUUACUGGAUGAAGACUGGGAGAAACUAGCAUUGGAAUUGGAUAUUCCACCUUCAGAUAUUGAUCUUAUCAGAGAAGAAUAUCCUGAAAAUCAACCUCAACAAGCCAUGAUAAUGUUUAGGUUGUGGUUGAGACAAAAAGCCAACAAAGCUACAGGCAACCAACUAGAACUAGCACUGAAUAAGAUUGGAAGACAAGACAUUGUAGACAAAUGCAUUUGCAACGUCGAAUUGGUGACUGAUGAUAUGGAGAAAGCGCUAGCUAAAAUACAUUUGGAUCAAUCCGGUUUUGAAAAUUUGAAAGAAGAAUUGGGUCCAUCUCGAGAUACGUCUCUGAGACGUGACACUCACGUUGACAAAUCUUAUUUGAGCAGUCAGGACGAAUUGGAUAGAAGCUCGAAAAUAGUAAGUGUUGAAACUCAAAAUGCCUUAAACAAACCAUCUGCCCCACCUGCAGAGAACAUUCCGUCUACAGAGAUGAUUAUAACUAACGAAAUCGAACCUACGACUCCAAUAAAAUCGGAACACGAUGCGAUACAAGAGAUAACGCAUCAACUGAACCAAUUACAUUCUACCCCUAAAAUGGGGGAUCCACAUGCACACACUCCACCCCCUAGUCCUGCCGAAUUUGGUGUAGCCGAACCAGUCGUGAACAAUAAACACGUUCACGAGAACGAAACGAAAGGAACUCCAAAACGCGAAGAAGAACUUUUUGCGUCCACUCCUAAACACUUCAGGAUCGAAGAGCCUAAAGUAGAUCCGAUUGCGAAGCUAAAGAAAAACGUCCACGACACGUUAACUUUCCUUCACCAGGAGAGAAACGAUUUUCUUCCUGAGGACGAUAUCAUCAUUCCGAGACGAAAAGAUGAUCACAUUUCAGUUAAAAUUAACCUAGAUAGUAUUCAGCUGAAAACUCCCAAGCGUUCGACGAGCGAUUUCGACGAGAGUUUUCAUGAAAUGGUAGAAAGAGAAGUAGAUGAAGUUAUUAGUGAAGCAGAAGAGGUUGUUAACAGUAGAUUAAGUAACUCAGAAACGUUGUAUGAUGAAAAUUUUAGUAAACCCCUUGAACAUUUAACGAACAAUAGAGACUUUGUUGAAGAAAAAGGUGAUAGUAUCUUUGACGAUAUAAGAACUAACACGGAAGAUUCUUUAGAUAACUUAGAAAGUCUUAAGGAAGAUUCUAUCUCAGUAAUACAAGAGAAAAGCGAGGAAGCGUUUAAAUUUUUAGAAAACGAAGCUUCAAGCCCGAUCAUUAGUAAACACGAUAUUGAUGAACAAUUCUUAGAAAAAGAAAGGGACGAUACGUUACAAGACGAUCUUUCUACAAAAUCACCUAAAACUCCCAGAAGUUCCAUACCUGUAGCGAAACCAAGAAAAAGUGUAGAAAAAGAUUCAGAAAUAGAAAGGGCUAUUUCACCUACUGAUCCAGACCUCUUAUCAAAAAUACCAGUGAUCAAGGGAGCUAAAGUAAAAACAAUAAAGAAACAUUCUAAAGAUCCCCUUAAAGAGUUUGUUGCUCUGUCUAGAGAUGUCAAUUGGGAUGACGACGAUGAAACUACUAAAAUAAUAGAAACAGUAACAACAACAGAUCCUAUUAUUAAAACGACAGUAACAAGGAUAACCACAGAAGCUAACAGCGAUAAUUCAAAAAGUAAAAUACCCAUUUUGCAUCCGGAUGUUCUAAAUUUAUCAUCGAUAAAUGAUUUGGAAACAUCGCCUAAAAGUAAGAUUCCAGUUUUAAAAACUGAAAGUACAAGAAUAAGUUCACCGGAAACAGUAAUUGUAGAAAAAACUCUAAUUUCACCUGAUACAAUGCGAAUUCUAGAAACGACUACUACGUCUACUUCAAUUCAGUCUCCCGGUUCGAAAGUGUCGACAAAGAGUAGUACAAUAGAUUCAGAAUCUGAUGAUGAUAGUCGCAGAAGUCCUUUAAAAGGGAUUUUAAAGAAGACGCCUACCAGAACAGUGGGCAGUUCGAGCGGAUCUGACGUUGCUUUACAUGAAGAGGGCGCCGAGCUAAGUGAGGACGAAUCAGAAGACUUCUAUCAACAAGAACCACAAUUUACGAUCGUCACACAAGAGACAGUGGAUCCUGUCACAGGAGCAAAGGUUACAAGAACAGUCAAAACUGCAACGCAAGUCAUCAGCUCUCCAUCAAACCAAACUGAAACCGACUUAAGGCACAACAUACAAAGUGUCUUGGAUCAAUUUAUGGCAGAGGAGCGGAAUCCUCAUUAA